GCUUGUGACAGUGGAGUACUUUGAUUCAUGCUGUUGAGGAGCCUCCUUUUUGGAUUUGGAGAAGAAUUAAUGCGUGCAGAACAGGGCGCAUGAAGGAUGAGAAGAUGAAUGUGGAGGCUCUAAGCAGAGCAGAGCUGCUGACUCUCCUCAGUGUGCUGGAAGGAGAGCUGGAGGCCCAGGAUGUGGUCAUACAUGCCCUUAGGGCUCAGCAGAGAGAUGCAUUCGUCCAGGAGCGUUAUGGCGAGUAUGACCUCAGCGAUCCCUUCCUGGCCCUGCAGCGGGACAGUGAGUCCUCAGAGCGCCAGAACACGCUCACCCAGACUCGCACAAACCUGCAGGGCCGGGCGGUGGGACCGAACCCACUGGCCGUCCUUAAACUGGUCAUGGCUCACUGCAAGAGGAUGCAAGAGAGGAUGAUGGGACAGCUGGCUGCUGCUGAGAGCAGACACAGGAGGAUGUUAGCUGAUCUGGAGGAGGAAAAACAACGGCGUGCUCAGAAGUCUGCGCAGAAUGAUGAUUUCACCUUCAUGCUGCAGACGGAAAGGGACAAACUGCUGCAACAGUUGGAAGUGGAGCGGGCAACAGUGCGGAGGUUAGAGAAGGAACAAGCACAGGUGAUGAGCCAGGUAGAGGAGUCACUGUCCCAGCAGCAACAGCUCUCAUCAAACCUGACUCUGGAGCUCCAGAAAGCCAACAGCCAGGCGCAGGAGGAGGCUCAGAAAGUCUCCCAACUUCGCACUUUGCUCCGAGAGGAGACCAGUGCCCUGGAAAAGCUCAGGGGGGUUCUUGAAGAUGAGAAGAUCAGGGCAGCCCAGCUAGAGGUGAGGUCUGAAAGGCAGCUGGCUGAGUUUGACAUAGAGAGAGAGCAGAUGAAAGCCAGGAUCAGCAAAGAGGAGGAUAGGAGCAAGGGGCUUGAGAGGCAGCUGGAGGAACUGAGGAAGAGGUUGGCUGAAACUGGAGGGGUUAAAGAAGUGGUAAAGGAGGCUGUGACAGAGGGGAAAGAAUCACUUUCCAUAGUGGGGUCCACCUCUGUUCAGACUGAGCCAGAUGGAAAGAUAACUGUCACCCCUAAAUCCUCCUCACUAUCAAAGGUCAAUGGCCAUCCCACUCAUAAAGAGUCAGAACCAACACCGGAGGGGAGAGGACCAGAAAAUGGUGGGUUGGUAGAGAAUGGGGGAGCAGGACUCUUGUAUUCCCCUCUUCCCCCUCAUCCGCACCCUCACUCUCCCUCCAGCACAGCCUCCUCUUCCCUCUCCUCUUCGCCCAUUUCUUCGCCUGUUCUUGCCAAGCGUCUGGGCAGCCCAGGCUUCCAUCAGUCCUCCUACCAGGCUGGUAUCAACCAGCGCUUCCAUGCCGCCAGGCACAAGUUCCAGAGCCAGGCUGAGCUGGAGCAGCAGCAGCAUGGUGGCCCUCUUUCCCCCAGGGACCUCUCCCCCACCACCUCCUCCAUCCCUCCCCUACUCGAGCACAGCUCAGCUAAGCAGCUGGCCCGCAACACUGUCACUCAGGUGCUGUCCCGCUUCACCAGCCAGCAGGCUGGCAUCAAGCUGGCACCACUCAGCAGCUCUCCUUUUGGUACAGACUACCGCAACCUGGCAGCAACUCCUCCUGGGGGGAGGUCGCCUUCUUCAGGGCCUCUAUCUCCGGGGAUCCGCUCCCCCCUCACUCCUCGCUCAGAGAGGACUCAUCCUCCUCCGAUCACUCCCAAGAAGCCCGGCAUGAGUCCAACUCCAGGCUCCCCAAGUCACUCUGCUCGGACCAGCCUCUUCCCAGAGCUGACUGGGAACUGUGGACAACGCAACAGUGGGCAGGAAGGAGCCAAGGAGCCAGACCUGGUUUUAUCUUCCAGCAGCUAACAGACAGAUUAUACAAACUAACUACUAAAUAAAUCAGGCCCGAAUCAACAGUUACUGUAAUUAUCAUCUUUGCCAGACCGUAAACCCACUUCAUAGCACUCAAAAUUCCCAGGACAGAAAUUUCAAAGCUUGACUGGUUCAAACUAAUGCAUUUAAGACAUUGUCACCUUCAUACCACAGCCUAAGAAACAAUCAGAAAAUAACUAUAUGACAUAAAAUAUAGUAUAUUAUGAUUUUUUUCAGGUUUAAAUAUGUCUAUUAAUAUUUCUGUCUUUUAGAUUUUUUUGUAAGUUUGAAGUUUUAGAAUGAAAAUAUGUCUGUUAUUUUACACUUUAACUUUAUAUUAAGGAAAUCAUAUCCAUAAAGAAAACAAGAUAAAGACCUGUUUGUUUUUUAAAUGUUUCACAGUACAACACUCUUUUCCCUUAAUACUAGAAUCCAAAAUAAGACUUCAGUCAGAACACUGUGCAACACUGUAUAGAAAGUAGGAAGGCUGAAAUAAAUGGAUGUAAAGUAUAGAAAUUGUUUAGAGAUCACCAUUUUACAAUAAACUAGUGAGUAGUUUCGAAUUAUUAUAGCCGUAUGCAGUUUCUGUUGAAAUGGUCUGAAAAAACACUAUUAUACUGUAAAUAGUGAAUGAACAUCACAUGCAUGUGCUGUUUUGUUUCUUUUACACUUGUCAUGAAUACACUGAAUCUUGUCCCUAAAUGGGGGGCACACUUUGUACAACAUUACUGUAAGAUACUGUAUGUCAACAAUUUAUAUUAUUUUGAUUCAGGGAAGUUUAACUUCUGCUUUACCCAAACCAAGAAGGACUAUGUCGCCAUUAUGUGACAACUCUUUGGGGAUAUUUCAUCAUUGGACAACAUGGGGACUAAAGGUUUGAAUUGUGCUACUGUAACUGUUUAGUAUCUGUCAAAUAAUGUACAUAUAUUGUUGUCUUGUCCUAACAGUUCUACAGAAGUUUUUUUAGGUUUAACAUGCUUUUUUGUCUUUACAAUCAAGAAUAGAUGGAAACUAAUUGUUUUAGCUUAUCAAUUUAAAUCCGUAGAUUUAUACACUGUGUGUGAGGGGCCACAUCCACUCGUCUCUUGUAAUAAAUAUGCAUAUCAUGAAAACCUGCAAUAUCUAGUGCUGUUUUAAUAUUUUAUUUGGACGCUGAUAAUAGAUAUAAGUUCAACAAGCAAUAAAAACAGUCACAG